GAAAAAUUGGAAAAAAAUAAUAAUGGAAAUAUUUUAUCUUCUUUGCUCUAUCGUGUCAACUUGCCUCACCUCUCUUCUGCUCUCCCUUAUCCUUGCCUUUAACACGCUACUGCGGCGGCGGGAAUCCGCACGCGCCGCUUCUUCCUUAUCCAGUGAUGAAGACGAAUCCGUAUCGCUCUACGAAGGCACAGUGUGGCACCAACGUCGUCACCCUGUAAACCAUUCAUUCCAAUAUCGGGUUCGCUACGCAUUCAUUGACCUCGACUGUGCAUCUCACGCGCCUCACGACCAUCUUUCUCCCGAUGAAGCUCGCCAAAUUACCGAUACCAAUGGACCAAUUUUUCUCCUGACAAUCCCUCCUAGUGUGGGUUAUGAGCAGAAUCCUUUGAGUGUGUAUUAUUGUUAUGCUGUUGAAGGCUCUACUAAACGGUUGAAGAAGUGCAUUGCUGAGGUUACGAAUACACCAUGGGGUGAAAGAGUAUCUUUUGUUUUUGACCCGCACUCUGAUCUAGUGGCCAAGGCUUUGCAUGUCAGUCCUUUUAUGGAUAUGCUAGGAAGUUGGAAUAUCAAAGCAAGUGAUCCUGGAGAGAAUCUUACAAUAUCAAUUUCGGUUCAUCAGCCUGAGCAUGGAAACUAUUUUACUGCCACUCUGAAAGCCAAAAAGUUGAGUUCAUCCCCAGAGUUAGAUCAUGCAGUUUUCUUUUGGUUGAUGCCUCAUAAAGUUGCAGUUUGGAUAUAUUGGCAUGCUAUAAAACUGUGGUGGAAAAAUGUGCGUUUUGUCCAACACCCCAGAUAUAACAAUCCCGCAUACAAGGAGGAAGCGUUGACACGGGAUAAAACACUGCAGUGUUGUGGAUUUAGUGAUGCUAAUAGGCAUCUGCAACCGAGAGAAAGCGACCAAAGUUGCUUAGAUGAAGUUCGUUCCUUAAACCGGUGCUUUAGAUGGAGAGAUGCUAAGUGGCCAUGGUCAUAGAAAAUAGUAACCAUUUCUUUUAUAUUAUCGGUGUACUUUACUAGUUAAGGAUUACUCAUUAGUUAAUGAUAUUAUGUCACCAUUGCCCUGAUUUCUUAAGGAUUACUCAUUAGUUAAUGAUAUUAUUGAAUCUUUAUGUCAAUGA